UCACUCUCACGUCCUCAUUGGUGCUGAAAGAUCAAACAACCGGCAAGAUGACGACCAAACCAUUGCUCCUCCUAUCUGCUCUUAUGCUCUGCUGCUGCAUCGCCUCUCUGCAUGCUUUUCCGAGGGAGCGGUGUUUGUGCAUACGGACCACCCCUUCUCCCAUACGUGUUGGAGUCAUCAGGAGAAUCGAGGUGAUUCCCAUUUCAGGACUCUGCCGACGGAUUGAAAUCAUAGUCACCAGAAAGAAUGGCUCUAAAGUUUGUGUGAACCCAGCGGCGGACUGGGUCAACAGACUGAUCAGCAAUCUGCAAAGGUUGAGCCAGAGAAUAAGCAAUAUACAGCCCCUUUAAUAGGAUAAAGCCAAGAUGUGAACUCAACCCCUGCAUAUCCCAACACUUUCGCAGUCUGAUCACAAUCUGUGGCAACAUUUGACGUAACAAUGGCUUUAAUUGAAAGUAUCAAGCUGUGAAUUAAGAAUGGGAGGGCUGGGAUCUGUCCAGCUUUAAAAGCUACCUAAUGGUUCAACACCUUAGGUUCAAAUUAUUAUUUGGCCUUUCUUAUGUUGCCUAUUUAGAAAAGCUCUGUCUUACUUAUUUCUCAGAUGCCUGAAGCACUGACAGUUGGUAGCACUUCACUUUAAUGGUGCUGCUUUGCUCCCAUUUAUAUACCUUUUUAAUGUGGAUUUCAUUUCUGCUGUAUGAAUACUCAGAACUUUUUAAGAGCCAUAAGAUAGUACUGUGUACAUUCUGUGAUGGUUUGAUUAAAAAAUCAAUAGAAUGCAAAGAAUGCUUUCCUGUCAAUGUGAAUACACACUGAUGCUGGGAUGGUACUGUAACCGUUGUCAUUUUGGUGUUAUAUUCAGCAUUAUUAAAGAAUAAAAGAUUUAAAAAGGCA